AUGCUCUCAUACGUUGUGUCGGCCUUCAUUCUCGCAGCAACAGCUUCCGCCGUGCCACAGUAUCCGCAACUUGGAUGUAGAGAACUCUCGAUACCCGUCACCGUUAGUGUUCCGCGUUUCAUUGUUAACACAACGGUCAACGACAACUGGGAUGCAAUUGCUUUAACCCUAGCCCUUACGAGGCGGGAUUUUAGCGAAAGCACAGAUCCGUUACCGAUUUCCGGGCAGACAUCUGAGCCCGUAGAAAGCAAAUUCAAGGUUGGGGCAACACUAUGCGGGAGAGGAGGUCCUACGUUGGUUCUGACUCACGGCAUUCUAGAGUCUAAGCUGUAUUGGCAGCCAACAUUCCAGGCAUCAGAGAAAUACAACUUCGUUAAGGCUGCCGUUGCUGCUGGAUAUUCCGUCCUCAAUUACGACCGUAUCGGUGUAGGGUCAUCCUCUAAGGUGGACGCACUUUCGGAUGCCCAAUUCCAAGUAGAAGCGGCUGUACUUGACUCACUGGUAGACUACGCGCGAUAUGCCACGAACGCCACGAAGGUAGCACUCGUAGGUCACAGCUACGGGGCGUAUCUGACAGUUGCAUCCGCGGCCAGCAAGAAGACCGCUGUUGACGCUAUCGUCCUUACCGGGUUCGCGGGUGGCUUUCAGUAUUUUGGCCCCUUUCUCGCCGGGUCUGGCUUCAGAGUCGCACGGAUUCAAGACCCCAUUCGCUGGGGCGCUUUGGACUCGGGAUAUCUCACAUCGGCAGACCUCUUUGCUGAGACGUAUUCGUACUUCGGAGAGGAAAAUGAUUACGAGCGACGGGUCGCCGAGUGGUCUUAUUUCAAGGGUAGUGAGCCAUUUGCCGUAGGCGAGUUACCAUCCCUUAUUGCGAGCAGUCCCCUAGACUUCGCAGGGGUCACGGCCGCUGUACUCGCUAUCCAAGGGCAAUUCGAUUUAUCAGGCUGUGGCGGUAACUGCAUCGGUCUCCUAGAUGGCCUUAAGGAUGACUUUGCUGGUGCUAAGGUCGUGAAGACCGUUGAUAAUCUACCCGCGGGACAUAACCUCAACCUACAUAAGGUCGCUCCACAAGCGUUUAAGGCGAUUUUCAGCUUCUUGAAAAGUCAAGGAGUGUAA